AUGGCGUCAACCGCCCACGCAACGGGCGCUGAUGCGCAAGCCGAAGAGCUACGCAGGAGAAAUGUAGCAACAAGACAAGAUGCCUCCGCGCCACCAACGAUACAGGUACCGGACAAGGAAAAGUCAAAGGACAAGCCUUUCAGCAUCAUCUCGCUGCUUGACGAGUACGAGGUUAUCUGGGCUCCUCUUAUAUUUACCUUCUUCGCCUUCUUCACGCGCAUGUACAAGAUUGGCCUAUCGCCGAUUGUGACAUGGGACGAGGCCCAUUUUGGCAAGUUCGGUUCACACUACCUCAAGCGCGAGUUCUAUUUCGAUGUCCACCCCCCGCUCGGCAAAAUGCUCGUUGGUCUAUCCGGAUACCUUGCAGGAUACAAUGGCUCGUUUGAGUUCAAGUCAGGAGAGAAAUACCCCGAGGAACUCGACUACACCUUUAUGCGCCUCUUCAACUCGGCUUUUGGCGCUGUCUGUAUUCCGUUGGCAUACUUUACCGCGAGGGAAUUGAACUUCCGCAGACCGACUGUAUGGUUCAUCACACUGGCCGUUCUUUGCGAGAAUUCGUACACCACGAUCAGUCGCUUCAUCCUUCUCGACUCGAUGCUUCUCUGCUUCACCUUUACAACCGUCUUCUGCUGGUCCAAGUUUCACCGCCUGCGAAACGACCCCUUCUCUCCGGAAUGGGGUCUGUGGUUGAUGUUGACUGGUGUUUCAAUUGGAUGCGUGUGCAGUGUCAAGUGGGUUGGUUUCUUCGUCACCGCCUUGGUAGGACUGUACACAGCCGAAGAUCUCUGGCACAAGUUUGGUGACCUCAAGAUGCCCAAGGUCGAGCUCGCCAUGCACCUUGCUUUCCGAGUUUUCAGUCUUAUACUCAUUCCGCUCGCCGUUUACAUGUUCUCCUUCUACCUCCACUUCAUCAUCCUCGAAAACAGCGGACCCGGUGACGCCCAGAUGAGCUCCCUCUUCCAGGCAAAUCUGAGAGGAACCCAGGUUGGCAAGGACAGCCCAUUGGAGAUUGCGUACGGCUCCCGUGCCACCCUGAAGAACAUGGGAUACGGUGGUGGACUGCUACACUCUCACGUUCAGACGUAUCCCGAAGGUUCCGGACAACAACAAGUUACCUGCUACCACCACAAGGACGCCAACAACGAUUGGUUCUUCUACCCUAACCGCCACGAGGUCCCAUACCAGCCAGACGAAGAGCUCCGAUUUCCCGGCAAUGGCGAUGUUAUCCGUCUUAUCCACGCUCAGACCGGUCGCAACCUCCACUCACAUCAAGUCGCAGCUCCUGUUACUAAGAGCGACUGGGAAGUUUCUUGUUACGGCAACACGACUGUUGGAGAUACCAAGGACCACUGGGUUGUUGAGGUAGUCCGCGACGCUUCUUCCAGGGAUCACUCGAGGCUCCGCACGCUCACUACAGCUUUCCGUCUUAGACACAAGGAUCUCGGGUGUUAUCUUCGCGCGGGCAACGUCAACCUGCCCCAGUGGGGAUUCAAACAAAUUGAGACGACUUGCACGAAACAGAACAGCCCGCGCGAUGUCUACACACACUGGAACAUCGAAAGCCACGUCAACGAAAGACUGCCGCCAGGUAACCCGGGCGACUACAAAUCACCUUUCCUGCAGGACUUUAUCCAUCUCAACGUUGCCAUGAUGACGUCGAACAAUGCGCUGGUUCCUGAUCCUGACAAGCAAGAUGAUCUUGCGUCGAGCUUCUGGCAGUGGCCUAUCCUCCACGUUGGUCUUCGCAUGUGCGGUUGGAAUGAUGACAUUGUCAAGUACUUUUUGCUCGGUAACCCAGCGAUUUACUGGGGCAGUACAGCUUCGCUAGGCAUCUUUGCUCUGAUUGUGUUCUUCUACCUGGUACGAUGGCAACGCGGAUACGACGAUCUUAAGCAGUGGGAGAUUGACCAGAUUCACUACGCGGGCAUCUAUCCGGUUAUCGGAUGGUUCCUGCACUACGUGCCGUUUGUGGCUAUGGGCCGUGUGACGUACGUGCACCACUACUACCCGGCUCUGUGGUUUGCCAUUCUCGUCAUGGGCUUCUGCCUCGACUUUAGCACGAGGAAGCUGCCCAAGCAGGUGCAGUGGGGCAUCUUCACGGCGCUGUAUGUGCUCGUGAUCGGUCUGUACUGGUUCUUCCGCGCCAUCUCGUUUGGUAUGGUGGGACCAAGCAGCCAAUGGAGACACCUCAAGUGGCUCGACAGCUGGAAGGUUACGGACUAG